AUGCUUGUUUUUGUGCAUUACACGGAGAUACCUUCAGGAUAUCUGGUCUGGGUGCGUCCGCUGGACUUUGAAAGCAAAGGCGAGUUCCUGCAAGAUGAUCCUGGGUUUGACUUGCUCUGUUCUCUCCCUCAGGCUGGCAGCGAUGGCGAAAGCAUCGGAAACUGCCCUUUUUCACAGAGGCUGUUCAUGAUUCUUUGGCUGAAGGGAGUGGUGUUCAGCGUCACGACAGUUGACCUGAAGAGAAAACCAGCAGACCUUCAAAAUUUGGCUCCAGGCACUCAUCCGCCCUUCAUCACCUACAACGGUGAAGUGAGAACAGACGUGAAUAAGAUUGAAGAGUUCCUGGAAGAUGUUUUGGCUCCACCCAAGUACCUGAAGCUUUCACCAAAGCAUCCAGAAUCAAACACUGCUGGGAUGGAUAUAUUUGCCAAAUUUUCUGCAUUUAUCAAAAAUUCUAGACCAGAAGCUAAUGAAGCCUUAGAACGUGGCCUCUUGAAAACCCUCCAGAAACUGGAUGAGUAUCUGAACUCUCCUCUUCCCGAUGAAAUAGAUGAAAAUAGCAUGGAGGAUAUUACAGUUUCUACCCGCAAGUUUCUGGAUGGCAAUGAGAUGACAUUAGCAGACUGCAACCUGCUCCCCAAACUACACAUUGUCAAGGUGGUGGCCAAAAAAUACCGCAACUUUGAGAUUCCCAAGGAAAUGACAGGGAUUUGGAGAUACCUGACGAAUGCUUACAGCAGAGAUGAAUUCACCAACACCUGUCCUGGAGACAAAGAAAUCGAAAUAGCGUACAGUGAUGUAGCCAAGAGACUCACUAAGUAACCAGCCACCUGCAAAAGAGAUGACUUCUUGCAUAUUCCAUAACAAUGCUUCUAACAGACUGCUCUUUUCAUAUAAGAUAGCAAUUUUUUUUGCAUGAACUUGCAGUUAUUCAAAGUUAUGGUGGAUAGACCAGGUACAGUAAUUACCUAAAGUUUGCAGACUUAAUUAUAGGCUUGUUUUUCCUUACCUCCUUUCACAGCAAGUUUUGAAUAUCAUUAAUGCAGUUAUGUUAAUGUUGCACUGGGGUAACUCUGGAUUCUUCAGUGUGAAGAGUUAUCUUGCCCCUACUGCUUUUCUUUGCAGAUGUUUGGUCCCUGUCUACGAAUUGGUUUAGGAUCCUGUCUCGCUAUAUGGUACAAGGAAUAUUUAUGUAUUUUGGAAUUUACUGCUUUUCCAGAAGGUCUAUACACAAUUGUAUCUGUGACACACUGAACUGUACCUGCUCGUCUAUCCUAUUUAAGUAUAGAAGGGAACUUAUUAUCCAAAAGAGCCAUUUGCAGAAUUUUUGGCAAUGUUUUCUAAAAUAUUUUCUCUUGGAUUUGGAAUCACGAUAAUGGUUGGGAAUGGACUCAAAUGUGAAACUGGGGUUUGAAUGAGCUCAGACAUCAGGGAAGUCUGAAUCCAGGCUGGAGUGCUGUAGCAGGAAGCUCAGAGUUAGUAUUUAGUUGUGUCUUCAAGAGCUUGAUGAGAUUAAAAAAACAACACUUUUUUUUUUUUUUAAAUUGGCAACCUACAUUUGUCCCAAAUUCCGAGUUGCAGCGAAGGAAUAAUUGUCAGGAUGCCCUUUAACAUCACGAAACCAGAAGAACUGGAUGCUUGCCAUCCGUUCACCUUAAAAAUUGCAAGUGGCUUUUUUUUUGGUAGUUAGGAGCCUUUGUUUUUGUAUGAGGUCUUUCUGGUGAUAUUUACUUACAAAAAUCUGUGCUGUCAUAAACAAAGUAUCUGUAAACAUUAGUGUCCUGGUUGAUAAAUAGCUACUGUACACGGUGAAUAGCAGUGCAAUGAUUAGAGAUACAAGACCCAACGCCGAGAGCUGUUCAAGUGGGAGUCUUUCUGGGAACUUUUUAAAGCUAAAGUGACCUUUAAAGAUAACGUUUGCCUUAAAUUAUAGUAUGCUUUUUUUUUUUUUUUCCCUGAAAGGGAAUCUGUUAAUCUCUCUUGUAAAGAAAUGGUGUGUGAAGUCCAGUCCUUCACGUGGAAUUUAUCCCAAUUGCUUGUCUGUGCACCUGGGCUGCAGUUUUGUGUAAUCGUAAUCAUUGCACUACUAUACAGAGUCUUUUUACAGCAACACUGAGGAAUAGCACUACAAUUUUUUUAAAAGCAAUUUUCAAAUGUUUCUAAGCCAGGGAAUAGUUUUCUUGUUUAAAAUUAAUGAUUUUGAUGCAUGGAAUAAACUGAUAGGUUAUUUUUAAAAGACCAUCAUAAACAACUCCAAAGAACGCUAGACUUAUAUGCCUAUUUUUUUGUAAAGAUACUUUUAUAUUUAACUGAUUUUAGAAGCUGGAAAGUGCUAUUCCCGGUAGGUUGUUCUUGGAAUAUUUAACAUUCUGUAAUAACAUGGAAAUGCUCACAUAAACACUUUUAUACACUAAUUUUUUUUUUGGUAAGCACUGGCUUUAUGAAAACCAGCCUGACUUUUCUAAGCGUCCUGCUUUUGCUACUUUAUAUACCCGUGAAUUUAGUUUUGACAUAGAAGAGGUAGAUACAAGAUCCAUAUUUGUAUACAUGGCUUGUGGUGCCUUGUCUUGCCUUCCUAGAGCUAGAAUUCCAAUAUAAAGGCAGUUAGCAAUCCUGUUACACGUCUUUCGGAGACAACCACAGUUACACUUAAACCCUAUCAUGAUUUUUUUUUUUUUUUACAGGGGUGUUUAGGCACAGAAAGAAAAUUCUGCAGAGCGACCUGGUUAGGAAAAACAUAACUGUAGCCUUUUAUUAAUUACUGUAUUCUAAUGUCACGUUCUCAUCCUGAAUAAAGUUUCUCAGCCGUAAUAA